AUGUCUGUGCAAUUGUUAGAAAAUAUCUUAGAAGAAGCCAAGAAACCAUCUGGAACUUGGUCUUAUGAAUUUAUUACAGAGACACAUAGAUCUAUUAAAAGGCUGCGCGAUCGUGAGUUUUCAACGAUAGUUAUAGGUUUAUCUGAUUUUUUCGAAAAGAGCGAAGACAAUGUACUAACUAAAUUUAAAAUUGCUCAGCUGUUAAGUUCGAUAAAAAUUCAGAACCCUUCAAGGUGUGAAGAAGUUUAUCAAAUGGUAAAGGAAUCAUUGCUUAAAGCAUCAUCUGAAUUACCUGAAACCCAACUCUCAAUUCCAUGUCGGAAACUUAUCGAAACGUUAUAUGAUCAGCGAGAAACACCAAUUCGUCAACAUCAUAUUAGAGCAAUGUCCAAAGAGCCAACAUGCGUAGUUACUAGAUCUACAAACCCUGCUCCUAAAGCAACCACACCAGAUUCUGCAAUGCUAUAG